AUGGAUGUUUCGAGCAGGAUAAAGAUUGACGAAGCAGUUGGUUCAGCAAAGCUAAGGAAAUUGCAGAAGAUUGGUGACACUAUAUGGUGGCCUAAGCAGGCAGCAUUAGAAACAAUUUUUGGUCCGUUAACAAUAAAAAAGCGGAACAUAUUUUGUCAUGCUAAAGGUUCUGAAUGAUAUUGUGAAUCUGCCCAAAUUCAAUGCAAAGGCAUCUAUUGAGGCCUCGACGCUGCUUGAAAAAUGGUUACAAUUCAGUAACAUUUUAACUGCGUAUUUUCUACUUCUUGUGCGUAGUAUUUUACGUCAAGCAUCCGAUUACUUGCAAGCAAGUGGUUUGGAUUACCUUAGUGCUUGGAACAUGGUGCAGUCAUCAAAAGACGAGAUACACAGAAUCUCAUAUGACACCACUGUAUGAAGCAUCAAUUAAUUUUAUCCAGUCAAUGAAUGCCAAACUGGCUGAAGACGAUCUUGACAACAUUAAAGUUGAAUCGAAACUAGAAGAUUCAAGAGUAAUGGAGAGCAAGCAUCGGAUAUGCUAGCCGAGGAUCCAAUUAUGCGGUUUCGUGUAAACAUUUUCAGACGAGUAGUUGACCAGAUUACGACUAGUAUUGACCAAUGCUUUAGUCAAAACGGUCAACUGAUUAAAGAUACAGGCAUACAGCAUAUCUUGAUCCACGACGAUUUGAUGAAAUAGUCUUGUCUGGGGUUUCUGAAAACAGCCUUACUAAAGUUGCUAAGAUAACUGGCGUUGACCCUUUGUCACUGAAAGAAGAAUUAUGCUGUUUAGCGAAAAAUUUCACGGUGUUAUCACGAUCACUUCCUGAUGAGUCUGAAGGUGCUUCUGAUGACGUUGCCACCAUGACCAGUACCAAUGAGGAGGAGAGCAGUGAAGAGGAGAGCAGUGAUAAUGAAGACGGUGGUGUCAGCAAUCCAAUACUAAGAAAUCGAAACGCUGCUCGCAAAGGAAACUGUAAAAAGUGUCUUGCUUGCUGUCACAAAAUCCUGUUCAAGUACUCACUCAUCACUUUAGCUCUAACAAAUUUGUUUGUUGUGUACGAACAUUUGUUGACAUUGUCAUUUACGCAAGUUAACUGUGAAAGGGCAUUUAGCAGGUUGAAACAAAUAAAAACUAGAUUAAAAUCAAGUUAG